AUGAGCGAUUCCCGUCGGUUUCUCAACUACCCGCGGCCUUGCGAGCACCCCGUCGUGCCGUACAAGCAGGAGGCCCAGUCAAUUCCUGUCUUCAGGGGGUAUCCCUUGGUCAUUGGAGCUGCUUUAAUCCGGUCGAUUGGGCUCGUUCAGGCUCAUUUCUGGCGGAACGCCGGCUUCCACGUUAUUCACGAAAUCAAAGAUCUAACCCGGUACGGCGCAUGUUAUGACCCGACUGUGGUGCCCGUCGUAUCCCCCGAGCACAGGGAGAAGAAUGGCGGCACACGGAACGUGCCAGCUGCGCGCGAUAAAAAGAACGAGGGCGGGCUUGGAUAUUACUAUACCUCGGUGGACUACCGGGAGCGCUACCUGUCGGGAGAAUUGACACCCCGGGCUGUGACCGACGCACUUUUAUCGCUUGUCCAACGCGAUAUCGAGCCACGGACGGACCAUUCGACGGCCUUUCUUGAGUCGCAGGUCGAGGCAAUCCGGGCGGCGGCGGACGCGUCGACAAAACGGUACCAGGAGGGGGUGUCCUUGGGCCCGCUUGACGGGGUUCCAGUCGCCAUCAAGGACGAGGCGCACAUAAAAGGAUAUAAGCGGAUGUUGGGGACGAACCUUGACUUCAAGGGCGGCUGUGAUGAAACCUCGUGGUGUGUGAAGAAGUGGGAGGAAGCGGGGGCCAUUGUCAUUGGAAAGACGACCAUGCAUGAGCUCGGACUGGAUACAAACAACAACAACCCUAAUUACGGGACGCCGAGGAACCCCCACAACACCCAGUACUACUGCGGCGGCUCCUCUGGCGGAUCCAGCUACGCCGUGGGCGCAGGCCUGGUACCCAUUGCGCUGGGGGUAGAUGGAGGAGGGUCGAUUCGUAUCCCCUCAUCAUUCUGUGGGGUCUGGGGCCUGAAAACGUCGCACGGCCGCGUGUCGGCCGCUCCGACAGUCGGCCUGUCCUCCUCCAUGGGCGCCUAUGGGCCCUUGGCAGCCAGCAUCGACGAUUUGGCGCUGGCAUACCGGGUCAUGGCCGCCCCAGCACCUGCAGCACAGGACCCCAUUUCGGCGCAGUUUCCGGAUCCUACAACCGAAAGUGCCUUGUUUAGUACUAAAAAUGGAGAUGCCACCACCAAAACCAUUGGCAUCGUCCGAUCAUGGAUCGACCGGGCCGAACCGGCGGUUCGCGCCGUCUUCGACGCGACGAUCGACCACUACCGCUCCCAGCCGGGGUACACCGUCGUGGACAUCGACAUCCCCUACCUGGUGCAGGGCCAGCGGGCGCACGCGCUGACCAUCAUGGCGGAGAUCGCCUCUGGCGUGACCCCCGCGCAGAUCCGGCGCCUCACCCCGCCGAACCAGGUGCUGGUCAGCAUGGGUUCGAUGCAGGUCACGGCGCAGGAUCUCAUCGCCUCGCAGCGGCUGCGCGCACUCUUGAUGUCGCACCUCGCUCACCUCUUCCGCACGCAUCCGGGUCUCGUCAUUGUCACGCCCACCACGCCGAUUCCCGGGUGGAAGAUCACCGGCGGGAACGCGGACCUCUCCCACGGCCUGUCUGAUGGAGCCUCCUCCAUCCGGAACAUGGAGUACGUCUGGCUGGCUAACUUCACGGGGUGUCCCGCCAUCAGCUGUCCCGCCGGUUAUUCCGACGACGGCGUUCCCAUCGGCGUGAUGGGGAUGAGCGAAUGGGGCAGCGAGGAAGAUUUAUUUGUCUUUGCGCGGGACGGUGAGGCGCUUCUCAAGAAAGACCGCCACGCUCCAGAGAGAUGGGUGGACGUUUUUGCCCAGCUAUAG